UCCCGCCCACUCUGAAGCAUGAGUUCCCAGCAGCAGAAGCAGCCCUGCACACCACCCCCCCAGCCUCAGCAGCAGCAGGUGAAACAGCCCUGCCAGCCUCCACCCCAGGAACCAUGUGCUCCCAAAACCAAGGAGCCCUGUCACCCCAAGGUUCCGGAGCCCUGCCACCCCAAAGUUCCAGAGCCGUGUCCCUCAAAGGUCAUUCCGGAGCCAGGUCAGCAGAAGACCAAGCAGAAGUAGUAUGGUCCACAGCCAUGCCCUUGAGGAGCCAACCACCGGAUGCUGAAUCCCCUCUCCCCUUCUGCUCAUGUGUCCCACUUACAAUUAGCAUGCUGUCACCAGCAGUCGCAGUCCUCUCUCAUGUACACCCUAAAAACGUGUGCUAUUUCCUUUCCUCCCCAAACACUCUGAGCCUCUGAAUUAGGCUGAGAGUGUUGUUACCUUAGAACCUCAAUUUCAGCUGCUCAAGAUUCGUCUGAAGCGGGACUUAAGGUGCAAACAAAUGGAUCAGCUCUACUCUUCCCCCAUUAAAUGCAUUUUCAAUUCCAC